CUCAGAGCGGACGGGAACAAUGAGCCAAUCGGCGCCCUCUUCCUGCCCAGAGUCCUCCUGUGUGCCUGCAGCAGGAGUUGUUGGGUUGCAUACAAGACGUACAGGGGAAUCUGUGCAAAGACGUGAAGAUGGAGGACCACCGGAGCCUCAGUCCAUCAGGUCAUGGAAAUUCAGAUUCGGAGAUCGUUGUGACAAUUGAUGAUGAUGACGACGACUAUGAUGAUGACGAUGAAGACUAUGCCAAACAUAAACUUUUGGCUUGUAAAAAAGAAAUCAAACUUGAAGGUGACAAAUGGACGCAAGGCCAAAACCACAAAAAUACGGUAACCAGCUCCAGUGUUCCACGUGCGGUCCCAAAUGCUGUAACCAGCGCCAAAGCUCCACGCGUGGUCCCAAAUACUGUAGCCAGCUCUAAUGCUCCACGUGUGGUCCCACAGACUAAGACCAACAGCGCUGAGCCAGAUGACUGGUUCAUGGAAGAUGUCAUCACCCCAGUACAAACCGGCUGUGGUCCUUCGGGAGAGUCCAAAGUAAACGUCUGGUGUGUAAAGAGGGUCAUGGUCAACCAGACUACCGAUGAUGGAAGCAGUGGCACGGCAUCUCCUCACCAGACUGAUCAAAAAGAAACCAAACCUUCCCUGCAGAAGAAAUCUGAUAAUCAGGCGGUAGAUUGCUCUACCACCGAUGAUAAAAAGCCUGUUAUGGAAAUAUUGAAGCAGCCUACAGGUCAGGGAACCCCGGUCAACAUUUCUGGGGACCGCCCACCUGCAAUCAAGCCAGAGUUGUAUGUUUGUGCUGAUUGCGGUGAAUGUUUUCGGGAACAAAAUGACCUGGAUGAGCACAUUGUGCAUCACAAUGAGGAGAAGCUGCAGGUGUGCGCUGUGUGCGGACAUUUUUUUAACUCUCAGUCCGCUUUGGUAAAUCAUAUGAAAAUACACAAUGUUGAAGCUUCCUGGGAGUGCUCUGAAUGCGGCAAAUCAUUUGGCACCAAGUCUCGCUUGGACCGUCAUAAAACCAUCCACGUGAAAGACCAGCCCAUUCCUUGUCCGCAGUGCGGAAAAUUAUUCAGGAAGCGGGAAAACUACGAGAUGCAUCUUCGCAUGCACGCUGGGGAGGUCCUGUACCCCUGCACGGAAUGCGAGAAAUUGUUUCCCAUAAAGGCCACCUGCGACCGGCACAUCAGGAGCCACACCAUGGAGAGGCCCCACGUGUGCCGGCAGUGCGGCAAGUGCUUCCUAUACAACGGCUGCCUAAUGCGGCACCUCCGCACUCACACCGGAGAACGCCCCUUUCCCUGCCCUGAGUGCGGCAAAUGCUUUCGGCAAAGCUCAGCUCUCACCCGCCAUCUGAAAACGCACUCUGGGGAAAAACCCUUCGAUUGCCCAGAAUGUGGCAAAUGUUUCGCCAAUGAAUUUGAUGUCGUUCGACAUAGAGAAACACACCGCAACGAAGGAGAGAUCGUACAGUGCGUGGCAGAGAAUGAUGACCUACCAACGUACAUUAUCUUGUGACGAAUCAGGGACUUUCUGUGUAGCAGGUUGUAAAUCAGUGGUCCCUAAUCAGUUGCUUGUGACCCCAUGUGAUCCUCAGCUACUUUUCACGUUGUUUUCUAUUGUUGGCAGAGGUUCAGUGUCUGUAUUUACCUGAUAAUGAGAUGUGCAAAUAGUCUCAUUGCACGUUAGGCGAAACAGGUAUGUCUAAAAAUUUCUGGGUGACUCGCUGUUUAUCACUGCAGCUUUUCAACACUUCUUGCUGUGUCGGUGUGUCCCCGCUGUGCAGUCUGGUUCUCCUGCCUCCCCCACACCCAGAAGUGAUGGAUAGCAGUGUGACACGGAGCUGUGCUGUAACACACUACAGACCGGAAAUGGGAGUAAUAAUGCUAAUGGGGUCGCUGAAAAAGAAAUCAUUACAUUUUUUUUUUAAAGCUUUUAAAUCACAGAAAUUCCAAUACAGUUUCAAUAGAACAAUAUUUUUAUAGUGAAAACUUUAUGGCUCAUUCAUAAACUUUUUCUGUGCCCCCCCCCCCAGAAAUAUUAAUUAAUGGAGCUCUUUGACACCAAAUGCAGCUUCUAAUCAUAUUCGCUGAAUGGGAUCUUUUUACACUGGAUUUAAAAACACAUUUAGAGCGCAAAUGCUGCAAAGCGAGCUAAAGGCUUACAUAUGCUGUGGAUAGGUUUUUAUGGCUUAUGGGGCUUUUAUUGCUCUAGCAAACGCACUUGCAAAUAUUAAGAUAUUUAGGAGUUGGGUGUGGGUAGUCCUUCUGAGGUUGUCGUAGCUAGAAGGCCCUAAAGACUUGAGUCGGGCUACGUUCACAUCCGUGCCAGAAGGCUAGGUGGGUUUGACUUUCAUCUCUAAUAAAUGUAUACUUGGAGUUC